UCGCUUGAUUCGAAGCUGUUCUGGUGAUUGUUGAUUGACGUUUCCUGGAAACCAUCACACAAGGAGGAGGGGCUAAGCAUGGCCACCCUUAGUCUGUGUUUCAUCAUUUUGCAGCUUCUGUCUGUGGCUUUUGCAGCGGAGCCCAGCGCGUUCCAGAGAGUUGAGGAUCCUUACAAAUGGAUUAAGCUCCAUGGAUGGUUGAUGUGGGGAUCGUUUGGAUUGUUGAUACCACUCGGUACUUUGGUGGUUCGUUUCUCUCGCUGUGCUCGUCACAGCCGAGAAGCUGCCAGCGACAAAAUUGCGAUUGUCUUCUACGCUCAUUUGAUUAUCCAGUCGAUCGCGCUUCUUGUCUCGGCCGGUGGUGCUGUCUUGUCGUUCAGGAAAUUUUCCAACCAGUUCAUGCACACUCAUCAGAGACUUGGCUUGGCACUGUGGGCUGUGGCUUGGGUACAGCCAUUUAUCGGGAUUAUCCGUCCCCGGACUGGUCAGACUGCUCGACCGGUGUGGUUCGUUCUUCAUUGGCUACUGGGAACCACCACCAUCAUCCUGGGCUUUUACAACGUGUACAACGGUUUGAGAAUCUACGAGAUGAUAACUCAGAAGAGCCAGAGAACUCUCAACAUCCUGUUUUCGAUCCAGAUUGCCGUAAUGGCCGUCAUCUACCUCUUGCAAGACAAGUGGAACUACGUCAAGGAACAGAGCAGCAGUGGCUUCACGAAGGCCGCCAUCGCUCCUCCAAUGGUACGGCAGUACUCAGUUUCGUCUCAUAGGAAGUACUACACGGCAGCAUAGCAACAAAGAAAGUAAACGUGAAUCGAGGUCUCUAAAUUUUCCCUCUUAUGGCCAUUUGGCUUGAUCUGGUGUGCUAGCUGACUCCUUGUCCGCCACAGAUCUCUCGAGUUCAUGAAUCGAAAUUCUGGACUUUCUGGUAAA